GUACACGGACAUGGAUUGCCAUGACGUUUAGGAUUUUGCCACCAAAAUCGUGUCAUGUGCCAACAUUGUACUUAGAUUAUGAAAAACAUAAACAUAGUGGGGGGUCGACACCCCCGCCCAGGUAUUAAUCAAACUUGAAUCCGUCAAACAACCAAACAUAAUUAGCUUUAAUAAAAAAAACGGCACUUCAAUCCAGAUCAUGUAAAGUCAGAGAGAGAAAGCCACUAUGACUUAUGAAAGCGAUAAAGCCACACAGCUCCAGUAUGAGAAGAAAAUCCAGUGUUUGUGCCAGCAGUUGCAGGAGUACCAGAAACAAGUGGAUUGUAUCCAGGAUGAGUUGGAGCGCACCCGUGGCCGCCUGAACACGUGCUGUCGUGAGCACGAGGACCUGAAGAGGCAGCUGGCCCAGAAAGAUGACACCAUCACGUGCUAUGAGAGUAAAUUGGACGAUUUAAGUUUUGAGUUCAAAGAGAAAGAGAAGAACGCCCAGCGUACCGUGGACAACCUGCUGGAGAAGGUCAAUAAGUAUCACGAGCAGUUGCAGCAGCGGGAAGCGGCCUUGAUCAUGUGUCGUAACGAGGUCAAGACGCACCUCUGCUCCAUGGAGGAGAUUAAAACGGAUUUCAGCAAUGAACUGCAGCAAAGAGAUGUUUUGACAAAGCAGAUGAAAGAGGAUCUCCGACGUGUUUACGAGGAUCUGAAAUGUAGGUCAGACGAGAGCUGCGUCCUGGAGCGGACGAUUGUAGAUUUCAAAUCGAGGCUCCACCAGUGCUGUUGUCAGCUGAAGGAGGCUGACACUCGUGUUCAAUGUCUGCAGGACAAAAUCCAGCAGAUGGAGUCCCAACACACCAAGGAGCGGCAGGCUGCCCAGAACGAGCUGAUGGAGUACGACAGGAAACUCUGCUCCUGCUGCAACGAAGUCCAGGCCGCCCAGAACGAAAUCAGAAAGCUGAAGCGUUGUGUGACAGAGCGAGAUGAAGAGAUCCAGAACGUGACGUGUGAGCGGAACACGCUGGUCCGUGACCUGCAGAACGAGAAACAGGAAGUGUGCGCUCUGCAGGAGAGGGUCAGCAGCCUGGAGAACGACAACAAAGAGAUCUGUCGUCUGCUACAGCAGAAGGUCAAAUGCAUCAAGGAGCUGGAGGGUCAGCUGUGUAUCAAGGAGCAGGAGCUGGAGCAGUGCCAGUGCUGUAUCGAGGAGCUCAACGCCAAGAUACGGGCCUUGAACACAAAAGGUGGCUGCGCGGAGAUUGAAGACACGAGCAACCUUGAGCACCAGCUGAGGGUUUGCCGAGAGAAGCUGAAGAAGUUGGAGCAGGAACUCGAGGAGACCAAGAAAAAACUUGACUGGGCUGUACAGGAGAUGGAGAACAUGGCCAAAGAGAUCAAGCGACUCAACUGUGAACUAGAGCAGGCCAGGCGAGAAAUUUGUGAGAGGAACUCAAUGAUUGGCGACCUUGAACGCACGAUCGAACAUGCUGAGCACGAUAUGGAGAACAGAAUGCGAAGGGUGGACGAGCAGUUACAGAAAUACGAGCGGGAAAUCAAAGAUAAAACACACAUGAUCGCGGACUGUGAAGAAAAAUGUUGCCGCUACCAGCACGCACUAAACGAUAAAGAAGUUGAGCUCGACUCCCUGGAAACGCGACUGAACCGCUGCAACUCCGAGCUGGCUACUUUGUGCUGUAAAAACAAGGAGUUGGAGGAAACGAGGAAUUGCAUACAGAAUCGAUACAACGAACAGCGGGCUCAGUACUCGGAGUUAUGCGAGGAAUAUAAACUUAAUAGAGAUCAACUGCAGUGUAUGACCGUUGAAUGCAACGAUUCGAAGCGAGAUCUCGCCUGCACGCAGCGAGAACUGGAGAAAUCUCGCCGAGAGGCGGACGAUCUGAAGCUAGCCCUGCAGGAGAAAGAAGGGAUGUUGUACCGGCUCACGGAAGAGAAAACAAGCCUGUCCAGUAAAAUCACCAGCCUUCAGUGUCGCCUCGAAGGGGAGACAACCCAGUUGACCCAGCAGAUGGCUGACAUGCGCUACCACAUGGAGAAGGAGACAGAGCAGCUGAGGAACUGUAUCAUGGAGCUGGAGGAGACCAACGCCAGCCUGUCCCAGAAGUCCUCAGCCACCCAGCGUCAGCUGACCCAGCUGGAGAAGUGCUACUACCAGAAGGUGGACACGCUGAGCAGGGAGAACGAGAUGAUGCAGAACAAACUGGCGGACAAGGAUGAUCAGUUGCAGGCUGCUAAAGAUUGUAUCACUCUAAGGGACUCAGAGAUCAUGCGACUGAAACUGCGGUUGUGCAGCAUGGAUAAGUGCAACAGUCACCUGGGCUCCAAUGUCGACUGCUGCGUGCCCAUGCCAGGCUCCAAUGCCAUGACAUGCGAGACAGGCAUCAAGUGCCGGCGGCGUUCCUUGUCCUGUGGAACAUCGUCUUGUGUAGCUCCAAUAUCACAUUGUGCUAAGUGGAUGUCCAAAAAUGAUUCUGCAGAUAAACCGCCAUUGGACGAUAAGUAGCAAAGAUCAACGUCCAGUUAACCAGAUUAUUUUUUUCCCAUCAAUGUCGACUUUAUAAUGAAAUAAAUAUACAUGUACAC